GCGGAUGAAGACAGGGAGAAGAAGAUCGGGGCUCGUAUUCUGCCGGUCGACUAUAGCAGUGCCGUCAAUAUUGCUAAGGCCUUGGAAGAGAGCAAUGUGCAUACGGUCGUGUCCACCCUUAGCAACAUGGCGUCUGUGCAGCCAGAUUUGAACUUGUUUGCUGCUGUCGACCAGUCCGCGGCCACCAAGCGAUAUGUUCCCGGCAUCUGGGCCGCCAAAUCCAGCAGAGAAUACGCGGAGGGGAUGUCAAUCAUUAAACUCAAGAUUCUCAUCAUUGACGCAUUUGAAAAGACCAACUUGGAAUUUUCGGCUUGGUACCCUGGACACUUCGCUGACUACUUUGUGUGA